UAUAACAUCAAACCCCAUUUUCCUAUAUACAACGAAAAAUGGCUUUACUAUCACCUCAUUUCCUUACUUUCCUCAUCUUCAUUCUAACCAUAUCCUCAGUAGAAAUCUGUGCCGCGGGAAGUGGUGGCAUCGCUAUUUAUUGGGGCCAAAAUGGUAACGAGGCAACUCUAGCCGAAACAUGUGCCACAGGAAGAUUUCCUUAUGUUAACCUAGCCUUCCUUAAUGUAUUCGGAAAUGGGUCAACCCCACAACUUAACUUAGCCGGGCAUUGUGAUCCUGCUUCCGGAGGGUGUGUCUCGUUGAGCAACGACAUUCGUAGUUGUCAAAAGCAAGGUGUUAAGCUCAUGCUAGCUAUUGGUGGUGGAAUUGGUACCUAUUCACUAUCGUCAAAGCUAGAUGCUAGAAACGUUUCCUUAUAUUUAUGGAACAGUUUCUUAGGAGGCAAAUCAUCAUCAGUGUUUCGCCCCCUUGGUGAUGCUGCAUUAGACGGCAUUGAUUUUGAUAUCGAACUAGGAUCAUUUCUAUUUUAUGAUGAUCUAGUUCGAUAUUUAAAAUCUUACUGCAAAAAAACUCAAAAAGUUUAUAUUACCGGGGCCCCACAAUGCCCAUAUCCAGAUAGGCUAAUGGGGUCCGCUUUAAACACCGGGCUAUUUGAUUACGUGUGGGUUCAAUUUUACAACAACCCACCAUGUCAAUAUUCUUCGGGUAACACUACAAAUCUGAUUAAUUCAUGGAACCUUUGGGCUAGGUCGUUAAGGGCGAAAAAGUUAUUUUUGGGGUUACCGGCGGCGACACAAGCUGCCGGAAGUGGGUUUAUUCCGGCAGAUGUAUUGACAUCCGAGAUUCUUCCGGUGAUUAGAAAGUCACCUAAAUAUGGAGGUGUAAUGUUGUGGUCAAAAUUUUGGGAUGAACAAAGUGGAUAUAGUUCAUCAAUUGUAUCAGGAUUAUAAAUGGAAUAACAGUAGUACUACACUACUACAUUUGUGUGUUUGAACUUGAAAUAUGUCUUCUCAUUUCUACUUUUCAUUAAUAUAUUUAAGCAAAUUUACCA